CGCUGUGUAACGCAACAGCGCGGCGCAAUGGAGGUAUCCCGGAAGACUCGGGGAAGCUCACAGUUUCUCUCCCAAACACAAGCACACAUGGUUUGGCUCCUUGUAGUUUGUCUGACGCUCACUGUGGCUGAGACAGUGAGCGAUAAAACUCAGAUGCCGAGCAGAGACCGCGCGCUGAAAGGAAGGGAGGAGAAAAUGGUCGUGGCAGACAAGCAUGCAGUCAAUGGGAAUCCAACUGUGGAGCCUUUCCCAGAAGGCAUGGAGACCAUCAUGUUUGGAAUGGGCUGUUUCUGGGGAGCCGAGAAACUUUUCUGGCGGCUUCCGGGAGUCUUCUCCACACAGGUGGGCUAUGCUGGUGGCUUCACACCCAACCCUACUUAUGAAGAGGUCUGCACAGGUCUGACAGGUCACACUGAGAUGGUAAGGGUGGUGUUCUCCCCUCAAGACAUCAGCCUCGAAGAACUGCUUAAACACUUUUGGGAGAACCACGAUCCUACACAAGGUAUGAGGCAGCACCAAGACUGCGGUACUCAGUAUCGUUCAGCCAUUUACACUUCCAACCCCACUCAUCAGGAGAUUGCAUUGAAGAGUAAAGUGGCCUUCCAGCAGGAGCUGGACAAAAAAGGAUAUGGUCCCAUAACAACUGAGAUUCUGGAGGGGCAGCAGUUUUACUAUGCUGAGGACUAUCAUCAGCAGUACCUGAAGAAGGUACCCAAUGGGUAUUGUGGCAUCAAAGGCACCGGGAUCUCCUGUCCCAUUGGAGCUGGGAAGGAUGAGCUGUGAGGCAGGUGUGUUUAGAGAAAGAAAAGGAUCAGUUGACAGGGUAUGUUUAUGGGAACUAAUGUCAUUGUUUGCAGUCCACGUCUUUUAAAAUGGACUGUAUCUACAAUGCAUCUGUCUUUAAGCCUCAGAUCUGUUCUAAGCUUCAGGAAGUCCUGGCUGCCUGCCAGCUAUGCAGAAUAUGUACACAUAUAAAACAUAUGUAUAAAAAGUUUCAUAGAAAUUUUCUAAAAAAAAACAAACAAACAAAAACAACCUGAAAACAAUACUUGAACAGCAAUCAUUUUUUUUUAAACUGCAUAAAAAUUCAUUUAAAACACUGAAAAUGUGGUGCAAUGCUCUUUUUGACUGCAGUGACUAUCACCUUCCAUGGGGUGGCGAGAUUUCUCAAAAAAAAAAAAAAAAAUCCAUACAUUGUGUAUAAUAUAUAAUAUAGCAUGAUAUUAUAAAGGAAGCGUGUACAAACAUUGUCUUGGUACACUUGGUAAACUAAAUGGUUUUCUAAUCUGACAUCUGUUUCACCUCCAUCGCUGCCAGAGCACUGACAGAGCUUAAUUUCACAUAUUUCUUAUCAGGCAGAGAAAUCAAUAUGAUUUUAAUGUGUUUUCUAUUUUCUUUUCUUUCUGCUGCAAGUAACAAAUCUGAACACUGGUUUUUAUUUUCUUAAUGUAUCACACUGGAAAUAAAAAUGUUUCUC